CCGAAGCCUUCAGUCCAUGAUUGACUGAUCUGCAGUUCAGAACACACAUAUCUCCCAUCGUAAGAUUCGCGAUCGCGUAUAGGCAAAAGCAAGCGUACAGAAGAUUCAACGAUCCCACCACAUAAAGGGCAAAAAGCGUACCAUCAAGAGAUCCGGAGAGCAAGAGCGCAAAUCCUCUUCGCCCGUGUAAUUCUUUUCGCGUUCCCUUCCGUACGUCUAGCCUUCGGUCGUUAAUUUCGCGAACCUGAGCGGGAACUUGCGCGCGCGAACUCCAGGCCGAACCCAACUGCAGAACACCGUGAGUGAGUGUGUUCAGACAGAUACUUGAACCGACACUUCGGGACGACUAGUUGACUCAUUCGUAGCGAGCCUGUGCCGGGUUGUCUUGCAAGCAGCAGCAGCAGCAAACCCGAACUCAACGCCCCGUGUAGAUAUCUACCUGACAGAAAUUGCGAGAGGUGGAGAGAUCAUUUAAAGGCAGCUGCAAUCAGUGUCCGAUCAAUCAUUGAGCCGUGAACGUGACAUUGAACGGAUCUUGCGAUAUUCUCCUGCCAGCCAACGACCCCCCGAAGAAGCAGCACUCAAAAGAUAAUAGCCACGACCCCAGCCGAGCUCCAGCAGGAAGUGAAUUUUGUUCAAGUGUGUGCCAGAAGAAAUUUCGAAAGCUUUCGGAUCACCGCUUUUCACGCCACAGUCAACAGAAGCAAGGAGAGCAGACAGAAAAAAAAUGAAGUGCCUAAUCUUCGCAGUUUUGGUCAUUACUUUGAUGGUUGAGAAUAGCGAUUCCAAGCCCGUCUCCAAGUAUCAAGAUCUUCCCAAGAAGGCUGGAUACGUCCCUGUCUACAUUCGCGUUGGCAAUACCCCGUUGGAACAGAUCAAUCGUGAUUUGGCCAGAGCUUUCCAAGAAGCUAACGCUCGUAGCAUCCGAGGAACAAUGAUUCAGGAGUUGAACCACAACGCGCGUUUCUCUUCUGAAUCGAGCAGUGCCUCUAGCGAAGAGGCAAACAGCAUCAUUCCGAAGAUCCGUAGUUUCGACAACAAGAGCAUCAGCUCCGAAUCGAACUCAAACUCGAACGAAUCAAACUCUUCGGAACAGCUGCACGACUUUGCCCCGGUCAAACCGGCUCCCGGUUCCAAUAACGUAGUCUAGUUGAUGUCGGUCAUACGCGGAACCAAGUGGUUCGGAGCAGAAUCCUCACACUGCCAUCUAUUGUGACUGAGGUGAUACAGAAAUAUGUACUUGCCGCAAUGGCUGCCUAUGCUAAAUGUGAUUAAAUACAUUAUUAUCAUUAUUUUAAACGCCCCACGUGCAUCUUCAUCAACUGCGUUCUAAGGUCAUUAUCAACAUUCUGUAGUACAUCAUUAUAAAGAACAAGCAAUGAUAAGCAAACUUUCGAGAGAAUAAAUGUAGCGAAAUACACGAAA